AAUGUAGCCGUUCACCCCGUGGUGGCAGUUCUCCAUCACCUGGCCCUACAACCGUUUUGCCCUUUGUCUCUAUUUAUCCUGCAAAAUUCUUACAGAUUAUAGUAAUCUAUGAUUUUAAGACUCUCAUCCAUCCCGUAGUCGAUUACCUAUUCAUCAUCAUUUACACCUGCAGUGAGUGACGUUAAGAAUUGAAUCUUCUCAAGGUUCUGGGUUUCGGUUUAUGCUCCCGGCUCCGGGAAACCUCUCAGUUGACGGCUUGGAAUACGAUGCGUUGGCCUUCCUUUACUUCACUUCCAUCCCUUGUGGCGGAUUUGGAAUGUUCAGGGCUAGAUUUCGGGAUUAUGGGUUGUUGGAUUGUUGGAUUGUUGUUUGUGGUGAGAAUUUGACAAGAGAGAGCCGGUGGGGAAUUGAUUUAAUUUCUGCCUCCAAGUUGAUCGAACUAUGAGGUUAGAGAAGACUGUUUAGGGUCUCGCCCCUUUUGUUUGAGUUUUGCUGCGCCGAGAGUUGUUGGAAGUCUUUUUGUAACUUGAAGGAUGUUGGGUAUUAUGAGAGGCGAUUUGGGGACUUAUUUCAGGAGGAGCCAGUUUGAGCCUUUGGUAUCCACGUUGCUAGACGAUCCAAUUUUGGCUGAUGUGCCCAAAAAUGCUACGGUGGCGGACAUUGACACCUUGAUUGGGGUGGAGCUCGGGAGUGCCAUGAAACUAUCCAUUCUCAAGCUUGACGGCAGCCACCUUGAGGUGGCAGUGCUGAACAAUGCCAAAGUUAGGGAUUUGAAGCAAGCAGUCAUGAAGUACGUUGACUUCCAGGAGCAGUCGCAUCUUGGCCAAAGACACAUUUCAUGGAAGCAUGUAUGGGACCACUUCUGCUUGAGUUAUGGAAAGGAGAAGCUCUUAGAUGACGAUGCUCGACUUCAUGAUUUUGGAAUUAGAAAAAACGACGAGCUUAGGUUUGAGCACCAUGUAGCGACGAGAGAGGAAGGCCGUCACUCGCGUGCCAAGAAACGCCGCUUCUUCCAUGGCCUCCGCAAAACUUGAUUUGCAUAUGUGCUGUAUUCAUCGUUGUCUGUAGCCACCUGGUAACUUGUGCACACAUUGGCUUCAAUCUAUGAUUCACUACUUGUGAAAAGAGAGGUCUGGCGUCGAAAAUGGUUCCGGGCACAACAAUAGUGGUGAUUAUAAUGGAGCGUCAGACUUCUACUGGAGUGUGGUAGUCACAGUUACGCCUAAAAGUUGGAGAAUGAAUGCUUGGUAUUAUAGAGCAAUCUGUUUUUGUUGUAUUGAUCCGGGCACAGUUUCAGCCCUCUUGGUCUGUAUAAAGUGAUAGUUGGGAUCUGGUUGUCCCUGGGUUCUGCAUCAGUAUUUGAGCUCCU